AUGGCUACGGGGGGCGGCCGCACCAGCAGCUGGCUGCCCGGACCACUCCGUACCGACGAGGCGGCCGCCGCAGGGCCGUCUGCGGCUCGGCGCGCGGCCCGAGCGCGUGCCCGUCUGGCCUGCGAGGCGGCCCUCCGCAGGGCCCUCGGCAGCAAGGACCACGCGCCGGGGUCCUGGCGGGACCGCGAGGUCGCCUCGCGACCAGCGCUCCAGGCCCUUGCAUCUCGCAGAAGGGUGCCAGGCGCCGCGCGUCGGAGGCGCAACGCGGCAUGGCACGCCGCAGACGCCCCGGAGGGAGGCUUCACGCACGCCACCCAGGCUGCUCUUGCCAAGGCGGCGGCGGGCCCCCGCCUCGGACGGCCGAGCCUCACUGGGGCCAAUUACAAGUACAUCGUCGUGGAGGUACCACAGGGCUGCUGGACCGCCUCGCCGCUGACACCUCUGAGUGGAGCCGCCGCAGAGGCCGCCCAUCACGGCGCGCGGAGCGUGCCUGGCGUCGCCUACCCGACGGACGCCAACCUCUCCCAGGUGGCGGAUCGGGCGCUCCGCGCGGCCGUCGCGCGCCGGAGCCGGGAAUACGAGGACGACGGCUACGACGGCUACAACCACGGCGACCCCGACGGCUACGACGGCUACGACCACGACAGCUACGACCACGGGGACCCAGUCCAGUCCGAGGAUGCGGAGGAGUCGCCCUUCGUGGAGGCGUUCGGGAUGACGGAGGACGGCUACCACGACAACGGCGGCUACGAUUGCACCGACGAGCGCGGCUACGUCGGCAACAGCGACCUCCGCUCCUACGACGGCUGGCGGCCGAGCCUCCGCCCCCCGCCCAGCAAGGAGGAGGUGGAGGACGAAAUGCGGAGAGCACGAGCGCCCACUGAGAAGAUAGAGUACGAUUCCGACGCGGACCCAGAGGACCACGAGAGCUACGACGGCUGCGACUACGGCGGCUACGACGGCUACGACAGCCAAGACCCACCUUGCGCUGCACGGCACGAACAGGGAGCUUUGUGCGGAGAGCGCGCUCGACAGCGUCGCCAUACCAAGUACCAGCAGUGGAUCAGCUUCACGGUGGGAUUGGGCCCCCCAAAACGGCCCCCCGCCGUUCGAGACCAACGAGACGAGCGAGCAGAAGGCGCUGCACGGGCACGAACAGGGAGCUGGACAGGGAGCUGGACGGGGAGCUGGACUGGAGGAGAGCAAGCGGAGCAGCGGCGACGACCCCCCAGAGCCCCACAAGAAGGUGCGCUUCUGCUUGCACGAGGAUGUGGAUGGCCACUUCGAGGCGGAGAGGCGCCCGGGAUCGUGAAGAACUCGUUCGGCGCCCCCCUGGAGGUGAUCAUCCGGCCAGGCCGUGCGCCGUGCUGCCUGACGCCCGCGGGCGCGGGCGCGCGCGGCGCCCGCUCAAGGGCCCUGUCGGGCCUCCCUCUUUUUGGGAAAACCCGGCCCCUCUCCCCUCUUCCGAGGUUUUUGGUCCCUGGUCCUCUCUCUUCCUCGGGGUCGGGUUCCCGGGGCCGUCGUCUGAGUGCCCGCACGGCCCUCGUGGGCUGCUGCGGCGCGCUCCGCGCCCCGGGCGCAUGAGAAGACGCUGGCUGAGCGAGAAACGUAGAA